AUGGAACCAAAUAACUCAAUACCAGAGCAAAAUAUGGCAUUGGUUAAUAGUCCUUAUUCUGAACAAGCACCUUCUAGUCCUGUUAAAGUAGCUGAACCGUUUAAUCCAGUUGCUAGUAAUACUCCAUACUCUCCUUUCCCUUCAUUUUCACCUUAUAUUCCACAGUCAGUUCAAUUUCCACAACAAGCACCACCUCAAUUUCCAACAACUCAAUACCCAGAUCAGACAUAUACCCCUUUACAUAGAAGAAAAAGAAAGUUUCAAAACAUUACAUAUGAUAGAUUAUUAUCAGAAGAAGAUCUUGCUUCUAUGACUGUAGAAGAAUUUGAAGACUAUGUGAAUGAAUUAAAAGAUAGAAGAACUAUCACUAAGUCUGAGAAAGCUACUUUAAAUAAAAUCAAAAGAAAAUUAAAAAAUAAAGAAAGUGCUCGUAAAAGUAGACAAAAGAGUAAAGAAGCAUUUUUAAAUCUUCAACAGCAAUUAGAUGAGUUAAGAAAACAAUAUGACGAUGUUUUAAGAAUUAAUUGUCAAUUAGUUGAAAUUGCUGAUGGUUGUGAAAGAUGUAGACAAAAAAUUCGACAAGUUCAAAAUGCUAGAGAAGAAGCACAAGAAAAUAAUACACAACAACCUCAAACCCGUGCAACUAUUCCAGUUCAUUAUUCUGUUAAUCAAACUAUAUAA